AUGGCAAGGAAAGUCGUACUCGACCAAGUAGAGACGAAAUUCGUCAAUCUACUUGACGAUUUCUCUAGGAAACUUAAUCCUCCUGUGGAAUGUAGGAUAGCAGGAGGUUGGGUAAGGGAUAAAUUAUUGUCGUUACCUUCGCAUGAUCUGGAUAUAGCAUUAUCCAUUCCAUCCGGACAUUCCUUCGCAGUGGAAUUUGUAAAUUAUCUAAAAACCAAAGAUGUCACUACUGGAUCAGUAGGCAGGGUAGCUGCGAAUCCAGAACAAAGCAAACAUCUUGAAACUGGAACAACGAGGAUAUUGGGAUUAGAAUGUGAUUUUGUGGGAUUAAGAAGUGAGACUUAUGCUGAUAGUAGGAUACCUCAAGUUAAACCUGGUACGCCACUUGAAGAUGCUUCAAGACGGGACUUGACGAUCAAUGCAUUAUUUUACAAUGUCUCUACGAGAGAAGUUGAAGAUUAUACUCAACGUGGAUUAUCGGAUCUAGAAAAGAAAAUAGCUUGUACACCUUUACCGCCCAGACAGACAUUUCAGGAUGAUCCAUUAAGGAUAUUAAGAUGCGUAAGAUUUGCUAGUAGGUUUGGCCUGAAGAUUGAGGAUCAUGUGAUGCAAGCUAUAAAAGAGGAAGAUGUCAAGGCCGCGAUCGCAACGAAAGUAUCAAAAGAACGUAUAGGUAUAGAAGUAACGAAGAUGUUGAAACAUGAUCCAUUCCGAGCAAUGUCUUUGAUCGAUAAUCUAGGAUUACACCCAUAUGUUUUCACUUGCGAAGCAAAUCCCCCAAGAGAGAGCGCCGAACGCUCGGCGCAAAUUCUUCGAGACCUCGUCAACAAGGGCUUCCAUAUCGAUGAGAUCUUAUGGCUGGCUACGGCUGUUACACCUUUCGGUGAUUCGGCGGUGAAGAGAAAGGGAAAAGACGUUCCAGCAACCUCGAUAGUGGUAAGCGAGGGGUUGAAACUAUCUACCGAAACCAAAAAUGGAGUGACCAACUUGUUCGAAGCUGCUAAGGUUGUUAAUCCCGAUGCUACGGUCAGAUCUGAAGUCGGCACCUGGAUGCAGAACCCUUGUGUGAAACCUUGGCAGAGAUCGUUGACUUGGUCGGCCGUCAUGGAGAUAUUACCGGGUUGGACUGGACAAUGGGAUCAGAAUGCAGAACGGGUCGUACAGAAGUAUGAGCAGUUCAGGAGAAGGAUCGAAGAAUCGGGGUUACCAGAUGCUAUAGAUAAACCAUUACUGCUUAAUGGAACCGAACUCCAACAAUUACUUUCCAUAUCGCCUUCUCCCCUUCUUCAGACUAUAAGACAAGCAUUGAAUGUCUGGCAAUUGGAUCAUCCGGAAGGGACCAAGGAGGAAUGUGAAUUGUGGCUCAAAGGGAUUUGGGAAGGUGAAGGACGAGCAGAAUGGGAAAAGAACUCUCAACCUAAGAAAAUUGUCAAGGGUGAGAAGCGAAAGAGAUAG